GACACAUCUUUAGAAAAAAAAACAGCUACACAAAACAAAACAAUUUUGUUAUUUUAAAAGUACCUAAAGUAGUGAAAAAUUUGUACAGUACACCAAGGAUGGCUACAUCGUUCUCCAAAGAUGAAUUACGUAAAGAAAUAAAUGCUAUUCUUGCAAAAUCUGAUUUGGAAAAAGCAACAUCAAAAGGAGUGCGACAUCAGCUUCAGGAUAAGUUAAAAUGUGAUCUGACCUCUCGGAAAAAAGAACUGGACACAUUGAUCAUGGAAUGUGUAAACUCAAUGCAAGAUUCCGAUGAGUCGAGUAGCAGUGAGUCUGAACCAGAAGUUAAAACAAAAAAACGUAAAGCUGCCUCUUCUGAUGAAAGUGACUUCAAACCAACAAAAACAAGUAAAAAACGACGUGGAUCAUCCAGCGAUGAAAGUGACGAUUGGCAAGCAAAGAAAAAGAAGGCAGCACCGAAAAAAGGAAAAUAUACGGGAUUCACUCGUCCUUACAAACUUUCACCAGAUCUUGCUUCUCUUAUGGGUGCAAAAGAAUUACCACGACAUGAGGUUGUUAAGAAAGUUUGGGCCAUAAUUAAGGAAAAGAAUUUGUACGAUCCGAAAAAUAAGCAGUACGCAAUCUGCGAUGCAUCCUUGGAAAAAGUCAUUGGAGUUAAGCGCUUCAGGACUUUCGGUAUGAUGAAAUAUUUGUCUCCUCAUUUAAUAAAGUUCUAAGGUUUAGCUUUUAAAAAUCGUCGCUGCCUAUUUUCUGUUUAUUUCCCCAUCAGGUUUAGAAGUUCGGUUUGUAAACUUUCUAACAUUAGUUGUAAGAUUUUGAUUAUAAUAUUGAGUAAAGCAGUAAUCGACAAAAGAAAUUUUGUUUUCGAUGAUAUCUGCUCGACUCAAACGAUAAGAAGAAUAAUAAAAAAAUUCUGUAAAACCCAAACUUGAACUUUUGUGCCAUCAUUGACGUAUUUAAAUAUUUGAAGUUACAGAGGUAACAUUU